CAGACUGGAAUCUUGCCGUUUCAGGAAUAGGCGAAUCGGGUAUAAUGUUUCUCAUUUUAACGAAUGACCACUAAACUAAGCAAGAUGAAGGCAUAUAAAAGGUACUCCUCGAGUCAAUGGCCAGUCACUCAGUGAACCUCACAGUGUCUUGCUGCUCGUCCAUCGGGUCCACCAUGUUAACUAGGAUACUGGCUAUGUUCUCCGUCUCUCUCAUCAUCACAAGAGCUACCGAAGGCGCGCCAGCGGUGGCCACGGGACGACAGUUCCUUCCUGCUUUGCCGGGAUACGUUCCCGUCUACAUCCGAACUGGUGACACGCCAUUAGAGGAAAUUAACCCAGAUCUGGCCGAGGCUUUCGGCAGUUACUCUUCGAAACACGCGAGGAAGGCGUUCAGCCGCUCAAACAACGCCAUUAGCGACAAACAGGAUGACUUGGACGUCAAGGAGACAGACGUCUCCUUGGGUGAGGAUUCGAGUACAGACGAAGCCACCCAAAAAGUGGAGGUCGUGUACGGCGAGCCCCAGCACAUCCAGAAAAUCCCCAGGACCUGAGACGUUGUGAUAUACAUAUUUUUUAUUUAUUUUUGUUGUAAAUAAGUGCUCAAUAUAACGAUUUUUUUA